AUGUUCCCAGUGUGUGUGUGUGUGCUUGGUGAAGGUGUGUUUGGAUGGAGGGUGGAGAAGUUGAAGGCCGUGCAGCUGGACAGCAGGCAGUUGGGUGUGUUUUACACCGGAGACUCCUACAUCAUCCUGAACAAACACUGCGAGGGGGCGGAGCUACACAUGUGGAUGGGGGAGGAGUCAUCGCGGGAUGAGCAGUGUGCCUGUGCCAUGUUGGCCACUCAGCUGGACCAGUUCCUCGGGGGGGACGCUGUACAGCACAGACAGGAGCAGGGACACGAGACAGAAGAGUUCAUGAAGCUCUUCCCUAAUGGACUGAACUAUAAAAGUGGGGGUGUAGAGUCCGGGUUCAGGCGGGUGCAGAUGGAGUGUGUGCCGGUGCGAUGUCUUUAUCAGGUUAAAGGAAAGAGAAACAUCUGUGUGAGAGAGGUGGAGGUGAACUGGAGGAGCUUCAACUCUGGAGACUGCUUCAUCCUCGAUCUGGGACAGCUCAUCAUCUCGUGGAGUGGCUGUAAAUCGAGUGUGUUUGAGAGACAGAAGGUUCGUCAGAUCGCCGCUUUAAUCAGAGACACGGAGAGAAAUGGCAAAGCCCACAUCCGUGAUGUCACACAGGGGGAGGAGCCACUAGAGAUGGUCCAGGUUCUUGGUCCAAUCCCAGCAAUUGAAGACUCAUUUGAGGAGGACAGUGAGGCAGACAGGACAAACUCCGCCUCUCUCUACAAGGUGUCUGAUGCUUUGGGCUGCCUGUCUGUCACUCGGCUGUGUGAUAAAGCGCCUUUCGAUCAGAAACUACUGCAGAGAGACGACUGCUUCAUCCUCGACAAUGGAGCCAACGGCAAGAUCUUCAUCUGGAAAGGUGGUGGUGCCAAUGUGGAGGAGAAGAGGGCGGUGCUGCAAAUAGCAGAUGAGUUUAUUCUGAGGAUGGGUUACUGCAGAGCCACAACUCAGGUAAACACACGCACACACAUUCAUUAACUAAAAAUUCUGAAAUAGAAGCUCAUUGAAAGUUUUGUUUUGUGUGUGUGCGGGCAGGUGGAGAUUUUUCCUCAAGGUCGUGAGUCUGUUCUUUUCAAACAGUUUUUCCAAAGCUGGGGUUAAACAAACACGCACGCACGCACGCACGCAGAGAACAUUCAGUCAUUCACUAUGAGUUCGAAACUGACUGUAAUUAGAGCUGUGAUUUAUUUCUUUCUGAAACAUGUGUAAAUAAAAUGCCAGGGGGUGUGUGUGCGUGUGUGUUAGGUUUGAUGUUUAAUUGUAUUAUAUAAUGAUCUCCCAGUCAGAUUCCACAUUAUAAAACACUACUAUUGACCUAUAAAGCA